AUGCGCCUGUUACAGGGAGCGGCUACCAGCACGCUCUUUAACACCAGCUUCGUGCUACUGAUCGAAGUUCUGGCACCGGAACGCCGCACACUGUACUCGAUAGCCGCGAUGAUGGGAAAGGUGUUCGGUGCAGUAAUUGCCGCCGUGAUGAUGUGGGCGAAGUUCAGUUGGUACACGCUGCAGCUGACUAGCAUGCUACCAUGCUUGCUGAUGUUGAGCACCUUUGCCGUCCUAUUGGAGUCUCCUCGAUGGCUGCUGGCGCGGGGCAACGUGGAAGAGGCGGAGACAGUUAUCAUGCAGGCAGCCACGCUGAAUGGCCAGAGCCUGUUCGAAGUGCGCCAGCAGUUGGCGCGCAGUCGGCGGGACGUCGAGCGAGGCCGCUUGGACACAGCCGCCGCGGACGUUCAUGGCGACUCGAAGCACGCACGAGGCCGCAAGCGCAACAGCGUCAUCCUCUGCUAUCUGUGGACGGUGACCGCGGUCGCGUCAGAGGCAGCCUCGCUGAAGAUCCACUACCUGGACUUGUACCCAGCGGCGCUGCUGGUGCUCUCCUCGCUGCUGUCAUUCCCGACCGAGUUGGUCGCCAUUGUGUCGGCAGCACGUCUGGGACGCAGCGCUUCGCUGACCUGGGCGCUGGGCCUUGCCGCUCUCGCCUGCUUCGUGGCCGCCACCCUCAGCGACGACAACACAGUUCCCAGCGCGGUGCUGCUGCUAGUGGCGAGCGUCAGCGUGGAUGCAUCGCAGGUCGUGGGCACACUGUACACGGCCGAGAUGUACCCUACGGUGGUGCGCUGCACGGGCCUGGCACUGUGCAAGUGCUUUUCGGCUGCCGCCAGCGUUGCCACGCCUCUGGCAGUCUACCUGGGACUUCUGCCAGUGUCUUCAUGGCCACUGGGCGUGGUGUCGCUAAUGUGCGUCACUGCAGCGUACCUGGCGAUGCGCUUGCCGGACACCAAAGAGUGCACUGUGCUGCCGGACCAGCUUUCGGACGCACCGUUCGACUCGACUCCGCAUUAA